UGCCUAGUACUGCUACUGGGUUCCGAACCUCGCCGUGAGCGGGUGCCCGCGGGGACGCAAGCUAAGAUUUCAGAAUGACUACCAUCUUGACUUACUCUUUUAAAAAUCUUCCCAGUACAUCAAAAUGGGCCCUCAGAUUUUCUUUAAGACCUCUGAGCUGUUCCUCCCAGCUAAGAGCUGCCCCAGCUGUCCAGACCAAAUCAAAGAAGACCUUAGCCAAACCCAAUAUAAGGAAUAUUGUGGUGGUGGAUGGUGUUCGCACUCCAUUUUUGCUGUCAGGUACUUCAUAUAAAGACCUGAUGCCACAUGACUUGGCUAGAGCAGCACUUACGGGUUUGUUACAUCGGACCAAUGUCCCAAAGGAAGUUGUUGAUUAUAUCAUCUUUGGCACAGUUAUUCAGGAGGUAAAAACAAGCAACGUGGCUAGAGAGGCUGCCCUUGGAGCUGGCUUCUCUGAUAAGACUCCUGCUCACACUGUCACCAUGGCUUGCAUCUCUGCCAACCAAGCCAUGACCACAGGUGUUGGCUUGCUUACCUCUGGCCAGUGUGAUGUGAUUGUGGCCGGUGGUGUCGAAUUAAUGUCCGAUGUUCCUAUUCGUCAUUCAAGGAAAAUGAGGAAAAUGAUGCUUGAUCUCAACAAGGCCAAGACUCUGGGCCAGCGACUAUCUUUACUCUCUAAAUUCAGAUUGAAUUUUCUAUCACCUGAGCUCCCUGCGGUGGCUGAGUUUUCCACCAGCGAGACGAUGGGCCACUCUGCAGACCGACUGGCCGCUGCCUUUGCUGUUUCUCGACUGGAACAGGAUGAAUAUGCACUGCGCUCUCACAGUCUGGCCAAGAAGGCACAGGAUGAAGGACUCCUUUCUGACGUUGUACCCUUCAGUGUACCAGGAAAAGAUACAAUUACUAAAGAUAAUGGCAUCCGUCCUUCCUCACUGGAACAGAUGGCCAAACUAAAACCUGCGUUCAUCAAGCCCUAUGGCACAGUGACAGCUGCAAACUCUUCUUUCUUGACUGACGGUGCAUCUGCAAUGCUGAUUAUGGCAGAGGAAAAAGCUCUGGCCAUGGGUUAUAAGCCGAAGGCAUAUCUGAGGGACUUCAUGUAUGUGUCUCAGGAUCCAAAAGAUCAACUAUUACUUGGACCAACAUAUGCUACUCCAAAAGUCCUAGAAAAGGCAGGAUUAACCAUGAAUGAUAUUGAUGCUUUUGAAUUUCACGAAGCUUUCUCAGGUCAGAUUUUGGCUAAUUUUAAAGCCAUGGAUUCUGAUUGGUUUGCGCAAAACCACAUGGGUAGAAAAACCAAG